CCAUUAAACCAUGACGUCACCAAUCGGGUUUCGUUUUUAGCAGAGCCUUUGCAAAGCAAGCGUUUGUUAGCAUCUCCUGGAGCGCGGCCGGGCUAGGCAAAAAUAAUAAUGGGUCUCGAUGAAGAAGCUGACCGGACGCUUUUUAUUCGGAAUUUGGAUAUACGGGUGACGGAGGAGCUUUUAUUCGAGCUCUUCUUGCAGCAGGCAGGACCUCUCAUCAAAACCAAAAUCCCAAAAGAUGGCGAUGGCAAACAGAAAACGUUUGGUUUUGCAGUCUACAAACACGAGGAGUCGGUUCCGUAUGCCAUGCAGCUCCUAAACGGGACGUCGCUGUUUGGUAGAAUGAUCCAUGUGCAAUUCCGAUCAGGCAGCACUCACAGCAACAGUCCUGUUCACUCAAGUCCGACGUCAAGUACUCCUAAUCCCCACGGGCUGAGGAUGUCGCCGCAGUUCAUGUCUCCUCAAUACACUCCUCCAGCUCUAACGCAAAGGUCCUUUUCAUCCCCAGAUAGUCUGCAGAAGCAUGCCAUGAUGAACAUGAUGUGCCAGCAGCAGCAGCAGCUUCAUCAGUUAUCCAACGACUUCUCCAAGAGCACUCCGAGGCAUCCGUCUGCAGGUGGCGCAGGCAGCUUCAGGCAGCGCGACAGCACCCCCUACCGGCCGCACCCAUCUCAGGCGAAUAGCUGCAGAAGGAACCAGCGCUACGGCGACGACACCCAGGGACGACAUCAUCAUCCGCAGCAUAGGAACAACUACCACCAGCAGAACGCCUGGGGGGGCGGCGGCGGUGGCGGCGGCCGUCACUACGAGGGCCGGGGUACCAGCAGGCACCACGAGGAGAUCAGCAGUAACCGUGGUUACCAAGAUAGUAGGUGGAGACGCUACUAAUCCAGGGGAAAGAAAAUCAAUCAUGAUUAUGUGGACACUUUCGAACACUUGCUCAGGUUGUUUUCUAUAUAAUCCGAGAACAUUUAUUAUCUUUACCUUCCCCCCUAUUUUCUUUUUAUAGUUUUAAACUUUGUACUCGAUGUGAGCCAUCUCACGUCACACCAGGCCAAUGAUGGAAAUGUGGUUGUUUAUGACAACAAGCAAAAUGGACAUUGUAUAGGAACACUGGCCUGUUUUUAUAUUUAAAAAAAAAAAAGUUGCAAAUGGUGCUCAUUGUAGUUGUACAAUGUUCAGGUCAUUCAAAAAAAAAAAAAAAAAAAGACACCAGCACCACUACGUCUGCAAUUUUGCGCUCAGUAAAAAAAAAAAAUCCUUUUUAAUUUUUGUAAUCUUGAUUUUUGUAAAACAAACUUGUAAUGUUUUAAAGGAAUCAUAAUUUCAUUAUAAACAUUAUUUGGCUUAA